UCUUUAUCAUCAUUGGUAUCUCUGAUUAAAUAUGCGGUUCUCAUUCUUUAUGGCGUUGAUGACAUUGGUUCUCUCGUUUGCUCUUCUUGGUCAGGUUGAAGCUAAAAGUAGACGUUUAAACAAGCGUCGUCUUCCUCUUGAAAGACGUACUGGAACUACUAAUACUAAUAUUGGGAAUAAUAAUGCUGUUGGACCAACUACAUCAUUGAAUACAGUUGUGACUACCCUUGGUAAUACUGUCGGUACUGCCAACACUGCUGCCACUCAAGGUACUGGUAUUCUUGGUCCUACUGGGGCUGUCGGUAAUGCUGCUGGGGGAGUAGCUAACCUUGCUACUACUGCUAAUGGUGCUGUUCCCGGUUCCGCCCCACCUGGGUUUUUUUUAUUGGGAGUUAAAGAGAUUUACACUACAGUUGUAUCAAUGUUUUGA